AGGAACCAGCACCAAGACGACUCCGGCUGUCAUUGCCACUACCAGAUCACGCAGCACAUAGCUGCAUUGCAUAUCAGUGGUGUGUUGGCAGUCUCUACUCCGUACAUAGGUAUACUCAUAAGUAUACUCAUAGGUAUACUCAUCCUCAUCCUCAUCCUCAUCCUCAUCCUCAUCCUCAUCCUCAUCCUCAUCCUCAUACUUGAAUCUACAUUGCCUCUCCUCUCAAUUGUCUUCCUCUGUUCUCGAAUCUCUGCACCAAGGCAGGAUUGAGACCAGCAGUAUUGAGGCCUCCCAUCUGCACUUCCACUUCAACUUCCACGAGGACUCUCGGCUUCGGCUUCUUCUCACCUUUGACUUCUGCCCGCUGCACAUACCCCUACCCAGGUACACUCGGUUACCUGUUCAUCCCCCAAUUGCAAGCCGUUACCUGUACCGUGAUCCAAUUACAAACGCAAACUGGGACUCUUCAUCGUUCCUGUCCUUUCUGACCUCCUCAUUUUGAGGUCUUCCCAGUACUCACAUACACAGCCCAAUCUUCUCUGGGCAAUACCUCCCUAGGUACCAUAGGUAUUCCAUUGUUCACCUGACUCGAAUCUCUGGAUCCGGUCCUCUUCCCAAUCACCCGCAUUUUCUGCCGACCAUCAUGGCAGAACCUCAAGUUUUCAUUUCCGGUGCUGAUGGUAACGAGGUUUUCCAGGCCGCCUACAUCCCAAAGCAAAAGCUGCCAACACCUGCAACUCAUCCCAGUAUGAAGGGAUACAUUUCAACUUACCCCCCUUUGGGUCAAGUUACGGAAGUCGAUGACAAUACCACUGUCUUCACAGCAUUGUUGGAAGUGGACGAGAGCCGAGCCAAUCUUCCUUGGGAGGUGUCACUCUCCUGCUUGGAUCCAUCGACUGGUUCCGGAUGGAAAGACACUCCCAUGAACGUUGCGAGAGAUCUGUCUACUCAUCCCGUUACACUUCAAAAUAGACCAAAUGCCCUCAAGCGUCUCUACUUUACCACCCCUCUUUCAAUUCAGACCCCAACAACCUUUACGGUGAAAUUUCGAGAAAAUUUCAGUGGCUCAUGGAAAUAUGCCAGAGACCCCGAUAUCCAAGGGAUCCCAGAUGGCAAGAUUCUUCUGGCAUCAGUCACUAGUCAAGAUGCGAUAUCAAAUGAACUUGGAGAAUACAUUGAAGGUCUUAAUUCUGAAUUAACGUCCAAAAACUACAGAAGCCAAUCACCAGGUACCACGCUCUGGGCAGUUGAGGCUUCAAUUGAAGCAGCAAAUGGCGAGAUUUCGACAAUAAAAGACAUCCAUUUCGGUCUACCAUGGGGAAAAGGAAAGUUCCUUCGAUAUUUUGCACUUAUACGCAUUUGGGUAGGUAUCCUGCGAGUUUCUUCCUGCUGUUUUACAUAGGGUUUGAUAAAAGUGUCAACACACGGUUGCUUCAGAACACACUUAAAAACAGCCUCACAAAUCUGCCUUGAUACUCCCUGCCAUAAUCAAAAAUAGCAAUACUGACUUCUUUUUCUAGCAACCAUGGCUAGCCCCACGGCAAGGCAAAGACUUUUUCGAUUUGGAUAAAGAGGCUGUACUAUGCUCGUUCCUUAGCGACACGGGAAAGCAUUUGGUUUUGCUAGCUAUUAGUGGUGUGAAUGACGUUAUGACGAUGUUCAAGGCAGAUGAAAAAGGAAAUGUGGUUCUCAAGGUACUCUAUUACGAAGCUUUUGUUCGAGACAUGACUAAUGAAAAAAGGUUCGUAACGACAGUACUCAAAAUGGCACUGCGCAUAUUCUUGUAGGCUUAGGAGACAACUUCGAGUCUGCAAAUGCUGCCGUCAUGUAUCACGCUAGAGGAAUCGUCACAGCUGCACAAACAGCAAGUGGAGAACAUCAGAGAGAACUAGCUGCUCUCAAGGAAGGGAAUGAGUCAACGAAAACCUGGUCGGAGAAUUGGUACGAUGGCUUAACAUAUUGUAAGCACUUGUUUGAACUAGGACGGAUCCUCUGACUACUCUCAACUAAUGUGUAUAGGCACCUGGAACGCUCUCGGCCAACGACUUACAGAAGACAAAAUUCUAAGAGCAGUUGAAACUCUCGCAGAAAAUAAAAUCAAUGUUACCAACUUCAUCAUUGAUGAUAAUUGGCAAGCUAUUGACUACCGAGGACAUGGUCAAUUUCAACAUGGCUGGUCUGAGUUUGAAGCCGAGCGAAAAGCUUUUCCAGAUGGGUUGAAGAGCACCGUCGAGAAGAUUCGAGCAAAGCAUCCAAGUAUUCAACACAUUGCUGUCUGGCAUGCAAUCCUCGGAUAUUGGGGUGGGUUGGAUCCUGAAGGUAAAAUUGCAGAAACCUACAAGACGGUUGAAGUUGUUCGAGAAGAUGCAAAGAGACGCAAUCUUCCACUUGGAGGCAAAAUGACUGUCGUUGCUAAGGAGGACGUUUUCAGAUUUUAUGAUGACUUCUACAAGUUCUUGUCAUCAUGCGGGGUUGAUGCUGUCAAAACAGAGUGCGUAUUCUGCUUCUUCCUGGACUCUUGUUCUAAUAUAUAUACAGUGCUCAGUUCAUGCUCGACAGUUUUGUCUCGGCGAAAGCCCGUAGCGAUCUCAUCUCUACCUAUCUAGAUGCAUGGUCGGUUUCGACUUUACGACAUUUUAGUAUCAAGGCAAUAUCCUGCAUGUCUCAAACUCCGCAAAUUCUUUUCCAUUCACAGCUACCUCAAAAUACACCACCUCUUCUUGUCCGAAAUUCUGAUGAUUUCUUCCCAGAGAUCCCAACAAGUCAUCCAUGGCAUAUCUGGACCAAUGCUCAUAAUGCGCUAUUUACGCAGCAUCUGAACGUCAUUCCUGAUUGGGACAUGUUUCAAACAGUUCAUGAUUACUCGGGAUUUCACGCCGCAGCAAGAUGUGUUAGUGGUGGACCAAUUUACGUUACCGACGUGCCAGGUGAACAUGAUUUCGACUUGAUAAACCAAAUGACAGGUCCUACUAUCCGUGGAAAGACCGUUAUAUUCAGGCCUAGUGUGGUUGGGAAGAGUCUGGAUCAGUAUAAUGGAUAUGAUGAUGACAACUUACUUCUUGUGGGAACAUACCACGGUAGGCCUUCCUUUGCUGGUGUGCUGGACACACUCUGAGUCUUAGUAGGUGCCGCAAUCACAGGAACCGGCAUGAUAGGCUUCUUCAACGUAUCCGGCCGACCACUCACCGAACUCGUUCCCCUCUCCAAAUUCCCAGGCGUAGUUGAAGCGCAAUUAUAUGUAGUCCGCGCGCACUCAAGCGGUCUAAUCUCCAAACCAAUGCAAGUCGUUGACCCCGCCUCCCUCCUUCAAAUCACCCUCGGUAUCCGGGGCUACGACAUCCUCUCCGCCUAUCCCCUCCGAGGCUUCGUAGACGAGGCCAAAGAAGAAACGACAUGGAUAGCCAACCUAGGCUUACUCGGGAAAAUGGCUGGUGCCGCGGCGGUGGUCGAGAAUAAACUUACGAAGCUAGAGAACGGGAAGAUUGUGCUUGAGACGCACCUUAAAGCCCUUGGUGUCCUUGGUAAGAUUAUAUCAAACUACCUUUCUUAUCCCGUUCUUAUACAUAGCUUUACUGACGCGAGUAGGGGUAUACAUCUCGACCCUACCGACGUUCAAUUGGGAGGAUCGAUUAAUGAUUACCAUCCUCGGCAAACCUGUGCCGGUCCAUACAGUGGGGGUUAGUAGUGUCGAUGAGCAUGUCUUAGAAGUUGAUGUUGAGAAGGCGUGGGGGGAGAUGGGUCUUCGUCCUGGAUGGAGUAACGAGGUAGGGGUUAAGCUUGAUCUUAAUCCUGCUUAGUAAGAUUACCUUAUUAAGACAUAAGAAUAUCUAUCUAUCCUUAAUAAAAACUCAUUUGUCU